AUGGCAACCACAACCACAGAAGCCGAGACCCGUCAAAGACUGCUGCGAAACGUGAAGAAGGAGGUCAAGCAGAUCAUGGAGGAAGCAGUCACAAGGAAGUUUGUUCAUGAAGACAGCAGCCAUAUUGUUUCCUUCUGUGCUGCUGUUGAAGCCUGUGUGCUCCAUGGGUUGAAGCGGAGAGCCGCUGGUUUCUUGCGAAGCAACAAGAUAGCUGCGCUCUUCACCAAAGUGGGCAAAAGCUUCCCUCCAGCUGAAGAGCUGUGCAGAAAAGCCCAGGAGCUGGAACUGGUCUUUGAGAGCAAACGAAGUCAGUCUCUCUCAUACAGCGAAAGCACCCGUAAGAUGCCCAAAGUCCUAAACUUCUCACCUCAGGCCGUCAGACAUGUGUGGAUCCACACCGCACUCAUUGAGAAAGUGCUAGACAAGAUCGUGCUGUACCUGGUGGAAAACAGCAGUAAGUUUUAUGAGAAGGAAGCUAUCCUAAUGGACCCUGUGGAUGGCCCUAUCCUUGCGUCUUUGUUAGUGGGCCCAUGUGCAUUGGAGUACACUAAAAUGAAGACGGCAGAUCAUUUCUGGACGGAUCCUUCAGCUGACGAGUUGGUGCAAAGGCAUCGUAUUCACAGUGGCCAUUGCCGACAAGACUCUCCUACAAAGAGACCUGCCCUCUGUAUUCAGAAAAGACACUCCAGUAGUAGUAUGGAUGAAAGGCCAUCUCCCUCCCCCUCUGCCAGAGACUACGUGGAGUCUCUUCAUCAGAAUUCCAGAGCGACCCUCCUGUUCGGCAAGAACAACGUUCUGGUGCAGCCGAGGGAUGAUAUGGAAGCAAUCCCAGGGUACCUCUCUCUCCACCAGACGGCUGACUGCAUGACUCUGAAAUGGACGCCAAAUCAGCUAAUGAACGGCUCCAUGGGAGAUCUCGACUAUGAGAAGAGUGUUUACUGGGACUAUGCCAUGACCAUCCGCCUGGAGGAGAUUGUGUACUUGCACUGUCAUCAGCAGGUGGACUGUGGGGGAACAGUGGUUCUGGUUAGUCAGGAUGGGAUUCAAAGGCCACCGCUUCGUUUUCCCCGCGGUGGUCACCUCCUACAGUUCCUCUCCUGUCUGGAAAAUGGGCUGCUGCCUCACGGACAGUUAGACCCGCCGCUUUGGUCCCAGAGAGGAAAGGGUAAGAUAUUUCCUAAGCUAAAGAAGAGAUGUCCACAGGGAUCCUCAGACUCUGUCUCAGACAAAGAAGAGGAAGAAGCAACCGAUUAUGUCUUCCGCAUUGUUUUCCCAAACAGCCAGUCAGAAUUUGUGACUUUUACCCAGUCCUCCCAUCUCUCACUGGGUACUGUCCUCCUGGCCCGAUCUCUCUUCCUGAACUCGAGAGGGCUGUGUCCUCCUAAACGGCAGACGCUGGUGAUGCCAAAGCGCCACUGCAGCUCCCCGGGAGAGUCUCCAUCCUCCCCUGAGCUCAGCUUGGCACCAGAAUUGAUAGAUCAGGGAGCAAACAUGUGGCACCCAACACCAAGGAAAUCAUCUUGCUCUUCCUGCUCACAGAGUAGUUUCUCUGAUGGAGCACCGCCCAAUGGAUGCAAUCAUGAAAGGGCCCCUCUGAAGUUGCUGUGUGACAACAUGAAGAACCAAAUCAUCUCUCGGGCUUUCUAUGGAUGGCUGGCGUACUGCCGUCACCUGUCCACGGUACGCACUCACCUGUCUGGCCUUGUCAAUCACUCUAUUGUGGAGCCAGAUGUGCCCAGUGACGCCUAUGGAGGCCUCACGACAGAAGUGUGGCAGAAGUUUCUUCAAGAUUGCAGUACUAUUGAGGAGAAGGAGUUGCUGCGGCUAGUUUAUUUCGGUGGAGUUGAGCCUUCUUUGCGAAAGGAGGUCUGGCCUUUCCUGCUGGGUCAUUACCAAUUUGGGAUGUCUGAGGCUGACAGAAAAGAGGUGGAUGAGCAGAUGCGGGCCAGCUAUGAGCAGACAAUGAGCGAAUGGCUGCGGUGUGAGGCCAUUGUUAGGCAGAGAGAAAAAGAACAGCACGCUGUGGCGUUAGCCAAGUGUUCGUCUGGGGCGAGUAUAGACAGCAUCACACAGAGAAUAAUGCACCGUGACUCCACCGUCAGUAAUGAGUCCUCGCAGAGCUGUAGUUCAGGCAGGCAAAGAGAUUCCAGGCUGCAGAGCGACUCCAGCAGCAGUACUCAAUUCUUCACUUCCCAAAACCCUUUCCUCUGGAGUAGCUUUCUUCCGUUUGGUUUGUUUUUCCAGGUGUUUGAGUCUGUUGAAGAGGUCGACCAGAUCGAGUCCGAACCCAAGAGUGAAGACGCCAAACAGGUUUCCAAAAUCUCAAAUGGAACACUGCAAAAUGGCACAAGUUCUCCAGACUCUGGUCUACCCUCUUCCAGAAACUUCUCCAUUACUUCUGGUCAGUCAGACUCUUUGAGCACAGAGGACAGUGGGAUACAUGACCCAAGCCUUAAAGCUCAACCACAGCUAGCAGUAUCAAAGGAGAGAUUUGAGAGUUCAUCUGAAGAAGGUGAGACCGAAUCGAUUGAGAAACUAUGUGUGGGAGAUUAUAGUAGAAUUGAGGUUAACAAAGUGUUGUCUCUGGGUGCAGUUGUGGCAAUAUCAGAGAAAAGCAAGAAGGCCACUGAGAGCAUUUCCGAUAAAAUGUCAGAGGUGGAGACUGAGGGGCUGAGGAUGGCUCGAGAUGCCUUUGAGGCUCCUGCAGCAGCUCGCAGCCACAUGACCAAAAUGGAGGCGGGCGACUCUCCAGAGAGGACUUUGACAUCAGAAAAUGAAGCAUUGACAGAAAUUCCCAAAGUGACAGAGGUCGAGGAAUCCACUCCUUCAGAGCAAAAGAUGAAUGAGAAUCAGCUAAGUGUGGACCCUGAAAGGUCCCACAUGGGUAUUAAAGAUAUCAUAGCAAUCCGAGAGGAACCUUUGGCAACAAAAGAUCAUAAGGUAUCAGAUGCACUUGAGCAUAAGGUUAUAGCUGACAUACUGGUAUCUGUUUCAAAGGACGAUGAUACAGAGAAAGAAACAUAUCAAUUAAGCAAAGCUAAAGACCACAAGACAUGCAUAGAUGACGCCAAUGAUUUUAGUGGCACACAAAGAGCUUCAAAACCAAGUGAUAAGAAAGAAAACAAGACCAGUGAUUUACCCAGUGGAGCUGGAACAACAGUAAAGAGGAAAGCAACAUCAUUUCUCCCAAAAACCAUUGGUACAGAGCUAAGAGAAAGAACGGAUGAUUCAAAGAAGAGCACACAUAAAGAAAUGCAGAGGAAAGCUCCAGUAAUUGAAGAGACGGUGGUCCCAUUGGUGCAUGAAGCUUUUAGCACAAGAGAGAUGGGUGAAGCCCAAGAUGCAACUGAGUCAGACGAGUCUCCCUCUGCAAUUCAAAUGGAAGAGAUUCCUACAGCUAAAGUGUCCAUGGUUUGGGAAAGGAAGAGUUCACCUAAAGGGAAGGCUAGUGAGCGGACAGCUGUAGCUGUGUUGGAGCUCAGGCUGGAGGAAGCUCAUGGAAAGCCCAGCUCUGAAGGAAUGGGCUCUGAGGAGCCAGGGAUGGAGAGUCUUUGCCCACAGCUGGAUUCACUGGCUGUAAACGCUGAGAAGAAUGACGCUACCGCUCCAGUUGCCUAUAUAGGCACCACUUAUUCUCAAGAGCUUUUGGACCUGUACACUCUAAAUCUGCAUCGCAUUGAUAAAGACGUUCAGCGCUGUGACCGAAAUUACUGGUAUUUUACUCCUGCUAACUUGGAAAAAUUGCGCAACAUCAUGUGCAGUUAUAUCUGGCAGCACCUGGAAAUUGGAUAUGUCCAGGGCAUGUGUGACCUGCUCGCUCCCUUGCUAGUUAUUCUAGAUGAUGAGGCCAUGGCUUUUAGUUGUUUCACUGAACUAAUGAAAAGGAUGAAUCAAAAUUUUCCUCAUGGAGGUGCGAUGGACAAACACUUUGCCAAUAUGAGAUCUCUCAUCCAGAUUCUAGACGCAGAGCUGUUUGAGCUAAUGCAUCAGAACGGAGACUACACACACUUCUACUUCUGCUAUCGCUGGUUUCUUCUGGACUUUAAAAGAGAGUUGGUGUAUGAUGAUGUGUUUGCUGUUUGGGAGGUCAUCUGGGCGGCUAAGUGUGUCUCCUCCAGUCAUUUUGGGCUCUUCAUUGCACUUUCAUUGGUGGAGAUAUACAGAGACAUCAUUCUAGAAAACAAUAUGGACUUCACAGACAUCAUCAAGUUUUUCAAUGAAAUGGCUGAGCAUCACAAUAUCAAGCAAAUUCUGACUCUGGCUCGAGACCUGGUUUGCAAAGUGCAGACGCUUAUAGAGAACAAGUAACUCUGAAACCUCUCACCUCUGUUGUUUAAAUCAUGUUCACAGUGUAACCCAUCAGCCCUUGCUACAAAACAACAGGGAAUAUUUGGCCAAAGCUUAAUGAGAUUCAU